GCCAAAAACUAGAAAAAUGGAAAAUCAAAUCGAAAAAUUAGUUUCCUUUACAAACGAACAAGAAGCACAUUAAUUUAAAUUGCUUUUUCUCGUUCGCAUUUUUAAAUAAACGCUCGAAAAUGGCUCGACAGCUUCCUCUGACAUGCAGUGGCCAUACAAGACCGGUUGUUCAUCUAUCUUUCUCCGAUAAUACAUCUUAUGGCUAUUUUCUUAUAAGCGCUUGCAAAGGUACACUUUAUUUCAAGUUAAUAUUGUCAUUGUAUAGUCACUGAUCAAGUGUCAAAUACAAUCGAUUUUGUAGUACUUUCAAUAGUAAUGUUUUUGCUGUAUGUUUCCUGUUAAAUUUUUAAACACUUUAUUGUUUUGUUGUACUUUUUGCGAUCAGAACUUUAACUCGCUUUUUUUAUAAUUAAAUUUUAUGCUUGAUUGGUUUUCAUCAAUGAAUCAUUGUUGUAUUAAUGAUUGCUGUAUAAACUUUUAUUGUUUAAGGCCUGUCCAAGCCACUGCAACAUGUUGGUUCAGCAUCAUUUGAAAAUUUAUAUGUGAAAGACAAUAAUGUCAUAAAUUCAACAUUGUUGAUCCAUGUAAAAAGCUAUAUUAAUAUCCCUGAAUCAUUGAUUCCUUGUUAAUUUUUACUGUAUUUUAUUCCAGAUGGCAAGCCAAUGUUACGGCAGGGUGAAACAGGGGAUUGGGUAGGGACAUUUGAGGGUCACAAAGGUGCUGUCUGGGAAGCCACCUUAAAUAAAGAUGCUAGCAAGGCCGCAACAGCUGGUGCUGAUUUCACUGCGUAAGUUGUGGCCACCAUUUACAUCUAAGGAUGAAGAGUUGCAGAUACACACAUUGUCAUUUCUUACAUGAAACUUACAUGUUUGUCAAGAAUGUUUGAUGGGCUUUGAUUUGAAGACAGUUUAACUUAGCUCGCACUGAUUGUCUAAGCUAAUUGAAACUUUUAAUGUUUCUUUCAAAUGUUAAAGUUUUGUGAGAAUGUUUCGAUCUGCGACUCCCAUUCUUAGAUGCAAAGACAGUAUUUGAAACUAAAGAAUGUUUAAACUAUAUUUGUACAAAUGUUAAUCUAAAGCCUGAUUACAAUCUCAAGUAAAGCGUCACUAAAGUUAAAUUUGAUUAUAUUUUACAUUUGUAAUUGUUGAUGAAAAUGCAGUAAAGUUUGGAAUGCGAUAACCGGAGAGGAACUAGUGACAUUUCAACAUAAACACAUUGUUAAAACAGUGGAUUUUUCUGAGGUAAGAUUUCUUCCCUUUUGCAUCUUUUUGUGGUAAUGCCAGUGUCAUUUAAUAGGCGAUUCUUUAUUAACCAUUAUGCUGCAAUGCACCCAAAUGAAAUGCACAUGACUUUAUUAAUUUACCCUGUCUAACACCAGCACUAAUAAUUUGGGUUAAUUAUUGGGGUUGUCAUAAGACUCAACAAAAGCAUGAUAAUUAUUUUCUAGGAUUGUACACAACUUUUGACAGGAAGCAAUGAGAAAGUUUUAAGAUUAUUUGACCUGAAUAAUACUGAUUCAGGUAAGGUGAAUUAGGUUUUGAUCAAAAUUUCCUUUCCAUUGUAUCAUACAUGAUACAUUAAUGUCUAUAUUAACUCAUUUAGAUCCACAGCUCCUAACUGGCCACAAAGGAAACAUAAAAUCUGCAGUAUUAGAUUCUAGUGGACAAAAGAUUUUUAGCGGUGGGGAUGAUAAAAUUAUUCGGUGAGUCGAUGGAUAUUACAUUACCGCAAAAAAAGUGAAAUUGCCGUUAAAAAAAUUAAAAUAUUUAUAAAAAUGGCAAAUUGAUUUGUAGGUUUUGGGAUAUACGUACAAUGACAGAAUUUAAGACAAUAGAAACAGGCCACCCAGUCUCUAGUAUGGAGAUAAAUAGAGAUGGAACGAUACUAAUAGUCACAUAUGGUAACGAAGUGUCAUUUUGGGACACCAGCAGGUAUGA